GAUAAACAGCAACAGGACAAUCAGGCACCGGACUAUAUGUGUGUAAUAAAAUCUUUUAUCUGAAGGGGAAAGACAUUGUCCUCUUACGGGUGACCACAGUCUUCGUCAGCCACUCAGGGUGAGCAUUACUGCUAGACUCCAUCAUCACACAGCACCACUGAAGCAAGUAGUCCCAGUCAGUGUGUGUGUGAAGUGCGCUGUUGUUGACUACUGUGGUGGCGGGGCAGGAGCACGCAGCUCAGGAAGAUGGCAUCACCCUUUGUGCCUGUCCCUGUGCCCUUGGACAGAGUCUUGUCAGGAGGUAGCAACAAGCUGAGGCGGCCUCAGCGAGCGUCAUCACUAGGUAGCGUCUCCAGCAGCUCGGAGUCCUCUUCCCCUAUCACCAGGUCGGCAGGGGAGGACCGUGGAAGAGGAUUAGGUUCACAGCGCCAGUCCCGCGGCAUGGACAGAGGCGGACGGAGUCGGACCCCGCCGCCCCCCCAGAGCCCUGUGACACAGGCCAGGUUGAACGGGACUCAUGAGCACUCUGUGGAGUACUCCAGCUGCCCUCGCUCAAUAUCGGAUCCUGCUGGGAGCCAGCAAGGCGAGGAGAGGCCUAUCACCCCCACUGUGCUGGGUUAUGAGGUCAUGGAGGAGAGGGCCAAGUUCACGGUAUACAAGGUCCUGGUCAGGAAGACUCCAGAUGAGAGCUGGGUUGUUUUUAGAAGGUACACAGACUUCUCCAGACUCAACGACAAGCUAAAAGAGAUGUUCCCAGGCUUCCGUCUCGCGCUGCCUCCAAAGCGGUGGUUCAAAGACAACUACGACAGCGACUUCCUGGAAGACAGACAGUUGGGACUACAGGCCUUCUUGCAAAACCUGGUUGCACACAAGGACAUUGCCAACUGCCUGGCAGUCAGAGAGUUCCUGUGUCUGGAUGACCCGCCUGGGCCCUUUGAUAGUCUGGAGGAGAGCAGGGCAUUCUGUGAGACUCUGGAGGAGAGCAACUACCGUCUCCAGAAGGAGCUGAUGGAGAAGCAGAAGGAGAUCGUCUCCCUGAAGAGGAGGCUGGAGGAGAGGGAGAAGGCUAUUCUGCUACUGGAGAAGCAUAUCAACGGUGAGUGUGUGAGCCCAGAGUCACCAUGUGGUCUGUCAGCUCAAGGCAGCGAGAGCAGCGCAGAUGCAGAUGUGGAGUCAUCUGCUGCAGAGGCUGAUCAGGACAUGCCUGACGACACCGGUGGCAGGUGCGAGGUCCAGCCGGUGCGAUCCUCUGCCUGUUGGUGUGGGCCAUCGCUCAGCGCCUCUCCUCCGGUCAUCCAGGUCACUCAGCUGUACCAACAGAAGCUGGAACACUAAUAACCAACACUGCUCCUCCUCAUCCUCCUCUCCCACACCAUGUGUCACUCAAUUUAUUCUUCUGCUCCCUCAAUUUCCUCUUAUUUUUUUACUGACCCCACUUUCUUAUGUUGGAGUGCUUUUCUUUACCCAUCUGUCCUUUUUUUUUCUGCUCUCUCUUUCCCCACGCCCUCCUCCCAUCACAACUCCCCUUUCCUCUUCCACCUGCCAGAUUGUAACCACUGUUUCACCUUCCAGUCUUGGGAGUUGGAUCUGAAGCAGUGUUCGUUCAAGAUCUGCGAAUAGGGUCAAAAGGGAACAGUUUUAUACUGCAAUAAUCUGAUUCACUUAUAUUUCCCUCUAUAAGUUGGGUCAUGGGAUAUCUGUCACCUACAGAAGAUACUGAAGACCAUAUGCAGCUUCCUAUAGGAGCAAUAUCUGGGAUUACAUGGAUAAAACCUCAGACUGAGUUGAUACUUCUUUCUAAGUCCUCCUCGUUCACUUUACAACCUCCUACUGUGGCCGCCAGAUUGGAUCAAUUUGAUCCCGCGGUCACAAAGCCAAAGUUUGGCUUCCUGACCAAAAAAAAAAAGAAAAAGAUAACUUGAAGACUCACACCACUGGGUGGUUAGAUGACUUACACAAUUGUGACAAUCUACAGAAAACCAGAACCAUCUUAUCAGAGAAACAACUACCCCAUGUGGCUAUAGAAAAAAGACAAAAGUCUGACUCAGGAUAAGCAUUGGUCACCAGGUAGGUAUUGGUAUCUUUCUGUACACAGGUACUUCCAUGUCAUUGCUUUCUAAUGCCAUUGACUGCCAUUAUUAGUAUAGCCAGCCGUCGUCAUUCGAGAAGCUUCAUUGUGUUUUUACUUUAAAAGUCUACAUUCCUUCACGUCUUUAGUGCUGCGCGUGAUUUGUGGUAAACUAAGUGCUUCAAGAGACAGAUCUGUAACAUACUGUACUAAGAGAGAGCCAUGGAAAUGUGGCCUAUUGUUGAUCUUCAAGGAAUGUAACGGCCGAUGUGCGCACUAAUCAUGUCAUUUCCCUGUCACAUUCCACAGCCUCUUAUACAUGCACGUGCAUUUGUACAAUAACCCGAUGGUUUGCUUUUAUGGGCCUUGAUUAUUGUGAUUAGUUAAGCGCAUACAUAUUUACAACAUGAGUCCUUUUCUAGCACCUUGCCUGUUAAUAGAGUGUAGACCAGGCCUGGACUUGUAUAAAGUCUAAUAAGGUAGUGUGAUGUAGGUAUGAUUAAAGGGUCAGUUCACCUAAUUUACAGAAAGUAUAUUUUUCUACUUAGCCCUGCUAUUGUCAUGCAGCCAUGCAGAUAGUUUUGGUUUUAUGUGCUGGGGCUUUGAGAUGUCAGUUUCUAAAAUUUCUGUGUUAUCUCAACACGAUUGAGGCAAAAUGGUGUUUUGUUUUUGAUGCUAAAUGUGCUAAAAAAAUUAUAUCAGAAAAACUCAACACAAACUUGCCUUUUCAUGAAUAAUGUCAGUUACUACAGAUAAUCCACAGACACAAUUGUUGGCAGUUUUCACUGGAACUGCCUUCUACUGAGUUAGUAGUCCCUGAUGAUAGUGAGGUCUGGUGUUAUCCUGAGUAACCAUGUGACCUCUGGAAACUAAAGCUAUCUGCAAGACUAGAUACCCCCCAAGAAGUAAUUGAGAAAAUAUUUUUUUUUGUAAUUUGGGUGAACUAGCCCUUCAAGAAACUCAAACCAUUGAUAAUUAUUAGUUUAUUUCAAGAUGAACGUCAGCUUCAGUGAAGGAAUCCCCCCCCUUAAUUAAAUAACAGCGGUGCUUAUUUACCUGAAAGAAAUCCAGAGGUUAUGACCUAAGAGAUGAACGAGCCAAGCAGGGAGAAAAUGAGAAGUUUUAGCAGAACCUGUCGCUUCAUUUUAACGACAGCCCAGGAUCACUGAAAUAAGAUGCAAAACCACAGUACUGGUAUUUUCAGGAAAAACUGUGUGACAUAAGCAACUUGUAAACACUUUUCAGCCUUGUUGGUCUCACAACAGGAUGACAACUGUUGCCGGGCCACCACAUCAUCCCCCAAAAGCCAUAUUUUUAGACCCAAAUAAUCCGCCAGAGGCAGAGGUUUCACAUGUGUGCUGACCAGCUGUUGUUUGUCACUCUUUGAUAAUGAGCGGAUGAAGUAUAAAAGUGUGUACCUGCAUCUUUUAUUGAAUCAUUUCAAAGCAGGCCUGGAAAAGGUCACGCAAAGCACUUUACGGAUGAAUGACAACACAUAAUGUUUGCUUGGAUAAGGUUUUAUUAGUUUACUUGUUCGAGACAGAGAAAUGUGCCUUUACAAUCACUGAAUCUGUCUUGACUCCCAACUGGAGAUGACGUGUUAAAAUGUGAUUAAUAUAAAUGGUGUUUUGUUUA